AUGGCAAAGCGACUGCUAGAGGCGGGUACUAGAUUUACCGGUACAUUUCGAGCCAAUGCCAGAGGUCAACCACAAGCCAUCAAAAAACCGAUUCUCAACGCAGGACAAGCUGUAUACAUGCGACAGGGCAGUAUUUUACUAUGCGCAUACAAAGAGAAGCCUACCAGGAAACCCGCCCGUUUGAUAUCAAAUUGUCAAACAGCAACAGUAACAAACGUGAGGCAAAAACCGGAAAUGGUAAAUCUAUAUAAUCGGUUCAUGGGAGGGGUUGACCUUAAUGACCAACUCACAUCGACAUAUGACGACAAUAGGAAAAGUGUAAAAGCUUGGAAAAAGGUUGUUUGGAACAUGAUACACAGAAUGUUGUUGAAUGCAUACAUAUGCUAUACACACAACACUGACCGACACCUAAUUGUUAGUCGCGUUGAGUUUAUCCAACUCAUUGUGGAAAGUCUAUGUCAAGAACAGCUUGACCAGCGUAUACCUGGUGGAAUUCGACGUCGCCAUAAUCCCAUGGGUGUGGUUCCCAUCAAUGGUCAGAGAGAAUGCGUGGUAUGUUCACGUCAUGAUGGGAAUGGAAGACGUCGUGCUAGAAGCGCAUGUCGAAUGUGCCACCGUGGAUUACACGCCCAAUGCAUGAAUGACCAUGUAUGCCGACGUGACGUUGAACAAUAA